UUGCCUUUCCCGCAACCAAAUAUUUUAAUUUCUAUAAUACUUGGGACCAACUCAAAUUUGUCUAAUUUCUGGCUAAACAUGUAUCUUCCAAGGCCAAAAUCCAAGUAAUGAAGUGAAGUGUCGGUUGCCUUGGCGACAGUUGGAGUAUUUCGUGAACUGUUUUUUUAUAAUAUGAUAUGUGUUUACUCAUUAAUACACUAAUGUUUAAAACUAUAUGUUCGUUGGUUUAAAGUAAAAUUACAAACUACAUAAUGGAUGAUCUUAUUGGUCGAGAUGUUGAAAUUGAUUUGGCUAUUAAAGAAGGCUGUGGCUUCAGCCCGUCCCAGCACCAGCUUGUGGUCGAGGCGUCGCUGGACGGCCACAUCUUGACCACACGCCUGGUCCCCUGUUGCUCCGAGCCGCAGUUCCACGAGGUGCUCACCUGGAUCAUCGACAAGAAAAGACUGCGCAGGUUGCGAACUAGUACGGCCAGCAUCAGAGUCAACUGCUACUCGUUGAUUGGUCCCCACGAGCGAGAAAUCAUUGGGUUUUGUUUGCUGCACCUGAAGAACUCCAAAAUCCAGACUGACUCACAUCCCCAGGUGGCUCACACGUGGCACAGGCUCGCGGGCGGCCAGCCACCGCACCCCCAACUGCUGCUGAGCUACUGUUUCCGAAGUGUUGUGCCACAGCUCAUGCAGACGGUGCAGAGCGCCCCCACGCUGCCCGGGGCGGAGAUGGGAUGUGGAGACCACGCCCCGUUAGUCCCCGAUCUUCACAGCGAACAGGGCAUCGUCCCGAUUGGUUCCGCGUGUUUCGGCACAGACACUUUCCUGCUCACUGUCUCGGUUGACGAGAUAUCAAACUUGCACUUGCUUGUGCCGGAAAACGCAGGACAUCCCCGUGAAGAACCCACUUUUUAUUUCUGCUAUAAAGUUUUCGGGCACACAAUAAAGACAAAGAGCUUUACCGUGGACUCCGCCACUUCUGAUUUUGUCUCUGACUUAAAUAAGUUGAAAAUUUGUUGUUCAUUAUCUGGGUUGAAGUUGUAUUUAGAAAAAGAGUCCAUACCAUUCGCGUUGAUGUCAGGCGAUGAGGAAGUCGGCUCCGCAUCCGUAGAAUUGAAGACCUUCGUUCCGACGGAAGACACGGAUGAGUUCUGCUCCAAAUACACGGGUGGCGGUGACAGAGUCGUCCGGAACGUUCACUGUUUGUUAACGAGCCCGAAGACGCAGCGAGUGCCCGUCGGAGAAGGGAACUCGAAGCCGGGCGUGAAGAUCAGCCUCGCGCUCCAGGCGGAACAGAGGCAGACGCUGCCGGUGGUGGCGUUGGAAGUGGACGGGAACGUGGUGCUCUCUUCGUUGGAGCACCGGAGUGCGGGGCAGAUCGCGGAGGAGGGCGACGAGCUCUCGGCCGACCCCGACAGCGCCUCGUCGCUCUCGUGGCUGUCCGGGGGCGAGCGCGAUGCGGGCGACCAGGGCAGAGCUGCUGGCGAGCUGCCUCGGAGCCCUGGGAGCCCUCGGGGCCACUCGGCCGUCGAGCCCCUCGCGGGGAGGGCGGCCCCCCACCGCUACCACCUGCACAUCAAGCUGGAGUCCGUGCUGUUCCACAAGCCAGUCUCCGACACGAAGGUGUUCUUCAAGUUCGUGCGCCCCGGCGCGGAGUCCCCGGGCGCCCGGCGGGCGGAGGUGCCGCUGAGGGGCGGCUCGUGCCGGCUGGCCGUGCUAGCAGCGCCGGGGGACAUCGGCCGAGCGCUGGUGGCCUCGCAGCCCAGGCUCUUCCUGUGCAGCCGGACCCCGGGCGGGCAGACGCUGGUGCUGGCCUCCGCCGGCCUCGAGGGGGCCUCGCUUCUCUGCGCGGACCAGAGAGGAUGCUGCUUUUCGAAAGUCCUGCGGAACAUUUCGACCCGAGACCAGGUGGCCACAGUGAAGAUAUCCAUGGUGUUGGAAGACACCGGGAUACACUUGGCGGGCGAUACUGCUGAGAGUGGUUUGCCGAGGACGGCUGUGAACGCGACUCUCUUGAAGACGGUGGAAGAACUGCAGGAGUGGAAGGAGAAGCAGCAGGCAAUCUUCACGGCGGAGAUGCGCGAGAAGCAGAGUGCCCAACUGGCGCUGCUGGCGAAGGAGUGGAGCGCGAAGAGGGCCGGGCUCGAGGCCGCCAUGAGGGGCGAGUUGCGCAAGUGCUCCCGGAUGAAGGAGGACCUGGAGCGGUCCCGGGCGGACCUGCGGCUCGGACUGGAGAAGAACUCGGAGCGCGAGAAACAGGUGGUCCUCCUGAAGGAGAAUCUGGAAUCUGAGUGGGCGCGGAAACUAAGAGACUUGGAAGACUUAUCUGCGAGAUUGGAGCCCGAAUUUGACAAGGAGUCCCAGUGGAGGAGGGAGAGGACACAGUUGGAGCAGAGGGUGGCAGACCUGCAGCAGGAACUAGAGGUGUGGAAGGAGAGGGCGCGGCUCAGGGAGGCAGAGCACGAGGAAACGAGGAAGAACAAGGUAAUGGAGGAGUCGGCUUCACACCUUGUCCAGGAGUUGAACACAAUAGAAGAGAAGCUGGAUGCGGCCUUGAAGCUGAAGUCCUUCUACAAGCAGCAGUGGGUGCACGCGGUGAAGGAGGUUCUCCGCCUGAAGACAGAGAACCAGAGCUCUGCUCAGAUUAGCGUCCGCAGAGAGGAGCGAGACCUCCUGGUGGACCUAGGGGCACUGAGAGCUCUACACGAGGCAGAGGCUGGCAAGAGAGAGGACCAGGACGCUCUGACGACCAUCAAGGACCGAGAACUUGGCCGCGGCGGGCAGGAGCAAAGCGACGCCGUCUCCCGGGCUUCCCGCGGUGUGCCGGCUCUCAGCUCCACCGACAAGGGACCAGUGGCGAGCAUGUCGUCGAGGGACGCUGAAGCCCUUCGUGAACUGACUGCCGAGCGAGACGCCCUGCUGCGCACCGGCAGCUACGGACCGGACGACCCCAUCAUCGCCAACAUGAAUGCACAGAUACAAGUCCUACUGGCCAAGCGGAAGAUGUGACUCAUCGAGUACGUAAGGACUACUUGUUUGUUCAUCACAGUAUUGUCAUCUUAUUUAAUUUUGACAUGACGUCGAAUAAAUCGAUAAACGCCGGCUGCACCCACAAAAAAGUGUCCCGUAAUGCACAUUGUCCCGUUACGCUGUGUCCCAUUACGCUCAUUGUACGCUUGCGCCCCAUCUAUCUCUCUUUCACUUGAUUGAAACAACCAUAGAUUUGACUUUUUCGAGGCAUAUUAAACUUGAAACACUCCCAUUUGUUUCCUACUUUUCCUAUCAUAGUCCUAUCCUUAACAGAAUAACACAGAUUGGAAGAAGUUAAAUAGCAAACAUGCAUAAAAGUUAUAGUUAAAAUAAUCUCUUCGUUAAAGUAAUAAACAUAUUUGAAUUAAUGAGUGCAAUUAAAAGUAAAUUUAUCAAUUUUAUUCAUAAAAGUAUGCAAUCAUUUCAUCAAUGUUUUGUUAUGACGUCACGCUAAACUAUUGUCCGUAAACCGACUUUACAGACAACCAAUUUUUUUAUUUGAUACAUAUGCAAAAUGUCUGUGGUAUAGUUUAUUUUUAAUAAGAACUUUCUUGUUUAUUUCUAUUUUUUUGCCAUGUGUCAGUCUGUAAUGAGAAAUUAUUAAACCAAUUCUGUGUAGAAAUUGUAGUUUCUAAAUUUCUGAUGGAAAAAUCAGCUGUUGGGUUGAUGAAUUUUUAGUUUGUAAUGUGCAAAACCUGAUACACAACUUAACUUAUUCCUCUUUUUAGGAGCAGUUAAAAAAAAGUAAACAUUAUUUUUAAUAGUUACCGUAACUUGGAGUUACUUUAUUGCUUAGGAGUUAAACAUUGCUCCAUUUAAAGAAAAAGUUGUGUUGGUACAUACCUAUGCACAUAAUUAGCUUUAGUUCGACUGGAAUUUUUUUUUUGAUAUUACGUAUACUGGAGGUUGGCAGAAAUGAGAAAUUUAAUUUUCCAUUCACCACAAUUACACGAUUAGUUGGCAACUAGACUUAUGUUCAUAUGUGUAAAAAAAUUCAUGAUACAAAUCAGUGUUCAUCGCACUGAAUGUUAGUGCAUUUGGAGGUAAGUUGGCUUUCUUUUCGUAGUGCAUUAUGUGUGCUUUUAGAGUAAUAUUUUAGUUUUACAUUUCAGAGCAUUGUAUUAUUGUCACGAAAUAUUCAACUUUUUAGGUUGUAUUUUUUUUUCCUGAUUUUGGGGAGACAUUGCACUACAACAAAAGUGGAGCAAAUUAUCACCACGAUAAAGGUUUGUACAUACGAAGGAGUUUUGGUUGUCACUGAAUGGUACAAGUAUAUUCCUUCUUUCAGGUUGGUUGAAAUAUGACAAAAAAUAUAAAAGAAUUGAGAGAAAUAGAAGAUAUUGUGACUACAGCUCAGAAAAGUUAGAAGAAUGUCUUGAAGCUAUUAGAAACAAAGUCUUGCACAAAGAAAAGAAUGCACAAGUAUUUGUUAAAAUAUAAAUUUUUAAUGAUACACCAUACAAGCAAGGACAUCACAGUCUCUUGACAGUCACCAUUCUGGUACUGAAACAUAACUGUUGUAUUGCAGUAAGCACUAACUAUUUUCAAAAAUUACUUCCAAGAGUUUGUAGAUGAGAGUGCUAGCUGAGAGGUGUCACCUUGGCACUGACAGGCUGGCGCUGGAACGACGGUCUAGUCACUGACGAAGCCCCUGAUUGGCCACGUUGCGCUUCUCUGCGCAGUCCUGGCCGGCCUUCUCGGUGGGUCCCAUCUCGUGAACAGACUUUGUCUCUCUGUGGAAAAAAGUUUGACGCUUCAAACGUACAAAACAGGGCAUAACUGAAUUUCCAAAUAUGUAAUCAUUUGUAAAAUAAGACAGCAGUAGCAGAAAUAUUUAGACGUCAAACUUAAAUGUUUCCAAACAAACUUUUGCUUAGUUUAGCCAUUCAAUAUGCAUCUCAAUAUGAGACUAAUUAUUUUAUUUUUAUUCCAAAUAUCAAGUUAUCUUAAAAACUUUCAAAGAAUUUAAUUGCAGUUGCUUAAAUUUGCAUGGCUUGUAGGAUUUGGCUGCCUCAAGCUAGAAGAAAUAGUCUCCAAAGAUUCGGUUGACGCUGCAGUCUUCAUCUUCAGGGUAGCAGCAAGAGUAAUCUGGUUUUAGUCAUUUAAAAAUUUUUGGUCAAUAGUGUGGCCUGUGGGAGUAUGUGUCUGUUAUUAUUUUUACAUGGACUGCAAUGACCACAAUGUCCUAAUGAUCCCAGGCAGUACCACGGUGUGUGGAACCAUGAUGCACCUGAGAUUCCUGGUUAGAUAAUGCCUCUGGUAGGCAGUGAACACACACAUACCCUAAUCCUGAACAUUCUUACAGCCUGAAAGAUCCCCAACAUGAUCAGGAAUCAAACCCAUGACUUCCAAACUAAUAGUGGCGUCCUAAGUACUGAACCAAAUGGCCAGUUUCCAUUACAGUUUAACUCCUUAAUCUGGGAAGGGCAUCUGUUCCGAGCAAAACUGCAGUCAUGUGCUGAUAACUUACCAUGAUAAUUCCUCUGUUUUAUUUAGUUCAUUUAUUUAAUUUUACUAUAAUUUAUGAUAAAGUAUAAUUUUCAUGACUUAUGAAUGUGUCUGGAAAAAUGUAGUUUACCAAUGAAAAAAAUAACCAUAUGAAUAAUAAAAAAUUUACAUUACACCUUACAUGGUAUCAUGAAACUGUUACUUGGAAGGGACGUGUAAUGGGUAAUGAGUAAUGAUUUUUUUUGUUUAUAUUCUCCUGGGUUAAAAUAAUGCAAGUGCUGAUUAAGUAACAGAAAUUCAGAAAUCUAUAUAAAACUCUGAAGAAAAUUACCUAUCACUUCUCGACAAAAAAUUCAUGCAGAGAUUGUUUUCUCGGGAAUAACCAGAAAUACUCAGAGAAUAUAAGCAGAAGUCUCGCCAGGAAUGACCAGAUGUUCAUGCUGUACUCAAAUGAUGAUGUUACUCACCGAAGGUUCAUCAGUUGGUUUCUCUCAUUCUUGGUGAUGUUAAUGUGGAGGGCCUGGCGGUUCUGCGUCUUCACGUGCAGGAUCUCCUUCACGGCCCGGCACCACUGCUCCUUGUAGAAGGACUUGAGCUUGCUGGCCGCGUCCAGCUUCCCCUCGGCCAGUUUCUGGUCCAGUCACAGUCAACACCAAACAUCACAGUGUUUCCUUCUGGUCCAGUCACAGGCAUGAUUCAAGCGUAUUUCAAUGGAUCCCGUUGGUUUCUGUUGUAUACAGUGGCACACCCGGGGGGGGGGGGGGUUUAAACCCCCUCCGAAAAUGUGAAGAAAAAAUCUAGAAUGGAAAAAAAAAACAUUCCCAGUCCCAGCAAAAUAGGUACGAUGGUCUAUGGGCAGCGCUCAAUCUACCAAACUUUGUGAGAUGUUUUCACGUCAGUGUUUACAUUAUGGUGUUAGUAUUACAUCUGUAGUCUGCUACCGUGAAUUACUUUAAUUUUUUUACAAAUUAGGUUGUGUUAUAUAAAAUCUAAGAAUUGUUUGUGCGCUACGUUUAUCUCAAUUUUUGCAUAAUUUUGGACUGAAUUUUUUGCAGUUUUAACUAGAAAUUAUAUGUGUGAAUUUUAUACCCUUUGUUUUUACUCGUAGAGUGAAAUUAAUUUGUGUGUGUGAAUGCAUUAAAAAGCAAACCAUCAUUGUCAGUGAUUUAAGUUGCACAGAAUGUGGACUUUAAUGCAUGCUAUGAUUCUGAUGGUAUUAAAAUAAUACUCAUUUUGAGCGGACGAGACCCUGGGUUUGAUAAAGGUAUCUUUGUUUGAUUCUUGUCUAACACAAAAUUUAGUACCGUACUAAAAAUUAUUCUUUUUUUUUACCAGCAGUAUAUUCAAUAAUUAGAUACAAAAACUUCUUAAAUAACACCAAUUUUCACCUAGAAAUCCAAAUUUUCCCGGGAGAGGACCCCCGGACCCCCCUCAUUAUUUUUGAAAUCGGUGUUCCUUCAUAAAAAAAAACCAACUUCAACCCCCUCCCCCCAAAUAAAUAUUCCUGGGUGCGCCUCUGGUUGUAAAUACACUACAGUAAAACCUUUUUGUUGCGACCACCUCUCUAUUACAACCCGAUUUUGAGGAACUGUGGAAAAAAUUGCCGAAAAUCCGAAGAAAAUUGGACAGAAAAUAAGUUUCUUGUGGUGAUUAGCAUGUUACUGCGUUUCUCUUGCCGAGUGCUGUACUACCGUAGGCAGCGCAUAUCUAAAAAUAGAUACCACUUCCUGUCGACCGCUGUCAGCGCUUGACAACCCCCAUUCCACGUCCCUUUGCCGGCAGGGUGCAGAUAAAGGUUUGUGUGGCAACGUGUUUACGUUUAGCUUUUUGCGAGUGUCUAGUGUGGUACGCAGUUAAGGAAAAGCUACCUGCUGGAUUUCUCUUGAUUUUGAUUACUAUCGGUUGACGAUACACAGCGACCGACUGGAUGCACGCCCGCCUCGACUUGUUUUAACUGCCGCAGCGAUGUUUAUUUUGACAGCUCAAGCAAUUAUCUUUUCCCGUGGGUUAUAAAAAAGGUCGCUUCACCCAGCAUAAAAAAAAAAGGCUACGCCACUUAUUCCCCAAGCAGAAAACACACUGGCUGCCGUCUGUCUCCCCGCAUUUAUCUUUCUUCUAACAUUCCACGUCUCGCCUCUCGCGCGAGCAAUAACGAAGCGACCACGCAUCGGGCUGUUUUAUGCUUUGUUUGGUGAGAGCAGCUUCAUUUUAUUCGGUAUAUUUCUUUUCAUAGGACCCUUGCUAUUAAAAUACAUUUAUAUUUAAGUUUGAAAGCUUGUAAAUUCCUUGCCAGAGAUGACUGAACUCGAACUUAGUGUGAAAAGUGACAUAUUUUGACGCCUCCCUCACUGCUUUAGUACCCCAUUCAUAAUAGCCCAAUUUUAUGGGAGAAGGGAGGGUGAAAUGAGCAUUUUCUCACUGAAGGUUUUUCAAAGGAAGUUGGGGUGUUAUAAGGGAGGACAAUACAUGGUUUGUGUGUCUGGGAGGGAUGAGCUAGCCUUGAAGAAUGUGAUAGAGGGGAGGGAGGGGUGAGCUUAUGCGUCAUGAAGCCGCUGCCGCCAGCCAGCCGGGCGAGCUUCGUGUGCGCCCACUCGCGUUGCAGAACCUACAGCUGCCAUAUUUUUAAAGGAAAUGUCCCAUUACUAUUUUUUUUGUUAUCUUACAUGAACAUUAUUGGAAGUAUUAAAGCCGGCACAAAAAUACGCUGUGUGUUAAAAUUAACAGAUUUUAAUGAUCUUUCAUUUCGUUAUUUUUAAUUUUUUUCUUCCGAUUUUAUUAUUUUGGUCAAAAUGUCCAAUUUUUUGACUGUUCCUGAGAAUGUAUUCGUUAAAUCACUGCUUCGUUAAAUCCGGGGUUCGUGACAUCGGGGUUAUAGUGUAUUUAACUACGGCAAGCAGAAUACGUACAUGUAAACUAACCAGUAAAAAUAAACUGUCUUUUGACAUAUUUUCGUUAGAGGUGGCCUGUAGGGCGAAGGACUUGUCAUGAAGGUCGAAGUGGGUUUAAAGCAAAGCCGUCUAGCAUUGUGAGUGACAGCAUCCUGCCAUUGUACGGCUGGUUUCUUAGAGAGUA